AUGUGUCACAUCCCAAUCUUCUGCUGGAUCACUGCUACAGUUCUAGAGAGCGUGAUAAAAACCAAACAGGCUGGAGGAAAGCUGCCCAAGACACUGACUGAGAUGUACAUUCACUUCCUGGUGGUUCAGACCAAACUGAAGAACAUCAAGCAUGAUGGAGGAGCUGAGACAGAUCCUCUCUGGAGUCCAAAGAGUAAGAAGAUGAUUGAAGCACUGGGGAAACUGGCUUUUGAGCAGCUGCAGAAGGGAAACCUGAUCUUCUAUGAAUCAGACCUGACAGAGUGUGGCAUUAAUGUCAGAGAAGCCUCAGUGUACUCAGGAGUGUUAACACAGAUUUUUAAAGAGGAGAAAGGGCUGUACCAAGAUAGGGUGUUCUGCUUCAUUCAUCUGAGCAUUCAGGAGUUUCUAGCUGCGCUUCAUGCCCAUCUGACAUUCACCAACUCUAAUGUCAACCUGCUGGAAGAGGAACAAACAGUCUCAGUGCAUGUUUCUGAAAGCCACUUCUACCAGAGUGCAGUGAACAAGGCCUUACAGAGUCCAAAUGGACACUUGGAUUUGUUUCUUCGCUUCCUCCUUGGUCUUUCAAUGCCAUCCAACCAGAAACUCCUACAAGGCCUACUGACACCAACAGGAAGCAGUUCACAAACAAAUCAGAAAAUAAUCCAGUACACCAAGAAUCAGAUCAACCAGAAUCCCUCUCCAGAGAAAAGCAUCAAUCUCUUCCACUGUUUAAAUGAAUUGAAUGAUGACUCUAUAGUGAAGGAGAUCCAACUUCUCAGUGCUACGUCCUCUACACUGAUAGAGCUAGACAUGAGUAACAACAAUUUGCAGGAUUUAGGAGUGAAGCGACUGUGUGCAGGACUCGGGAGUCCACAAUGUGCACUUCAAAUUCUCAGGCUGUCUGGCUGUCAGAUCACAGAGGAGGGCUGUGCUUCACUGGCUUCGGCUCUGAAGUCAAAUCCCUCACACCUGAGAGAGCUGGACCUGAGCUACAAUCAUCCAGGAGACUCAGGAAUAAAGCUGCUGUCUCCUCUACGGGAGGAUCCCUGCUGGAGACUGGACACCCUUAGAAUGGAUCCUCAUGGAGACCAGUGGAUGAAAACGGGUCUAAAGAAAUAUUUCUGUGGGCUGACAGUGGAUGUGAACACAGUCCACCGCAAUCUUAAACUGUCUGACAACAAUAGGAAGGUGGUGCACAUGAAAGAGGACCAGCUCUAUCCUGAUCAUCCUGACAGAUUUGAUAGUCCUCAGCUGAUGUGUACUAACAGUCUGACUGGUCGUUCUUACUGGGAAGUUGAACACAGUGGAGAGGUUCAUAUUGCCGUGACUUACAAAGAAAUAAAAAGGAAAGGAAACAGUGAUGACAACAGGUUUGGAAGGACUGAUGAAUCCUGGUCUCUGUACUGUGAUGAUACAGAUUAUUUCGCAAUGCACAAUUACACAUCAACAGCCAUCAGUGUUCCCUGCUCAUCUGCCCCUCACAAGGUUGCAGUAUAUGUGGACUGUGAUGCUGGCACUGUGUCCUUCUACAAGGUCUUCCCAGAUAUGCUGUACCACCUCUACACUUUCAACACCACAUUCACUGAAGCCAUUUACCCUGGGUUUAGAGUUAGGUUUCUUGACUCCCAUAUCUACAUCUGUCCUGACUCAGAAAACUGA